AUGAAUAACCUUAGAGAACUGGAAAACGCACUACAGCAGGAGUGGAAUGCUAUCCCCCAGAACACUAUUUGCAGACUUAUCAGAUGGCGUGGUAUAGAUGGCGAUGGUAUAGAUGGCGAUGGUAUAGAUGACGAUGGUAUAGAUGGCGAUGGUAUAGAUGACGAUGGUAUAGAUGACGAUGGAACAGAUGGCGAUGGUAUAGAUGGCGAUGGAACAGAUGGCGAUGGUAUAGGUGGCGAUGGAAUAGAUGACGAUGGUAUAGAUGGCGAUGGUAUAGAUGACGAUGGUAUAGAUGGCGAUGGUAUAGAUGACGAUGGUAUAGAUGACGAUGGAACAGAUGGCGAUGGUAUAGGUGGCGAUGGUAUAGAUGGCGAUGGAACAGAUGGCGAUGGUAUAGAUGGCGAUGGAACAGAUGGCGAUGGUAUAGGUGGCGAUGGAAUAGAUGACGAUGAUGGCGAUGGAAUAGAUGGCGAUGGAAUAGAUGGCGAUGGUAUAGAUGACGAUGGAACAGAUGGCGAUGGUAUAGGUGGCGAUGGUAUAGAUGGCGAUGGAACAGAUGGCGAUGGUAUAGAUGGCGAUGGAACAGAUGGCGAUGGUAUAGAUGGCGAUGAAAUAGAUGGCGAUGGUAUAGAUGGCGAUGGAAUAGAUGGCGAUGGAACAGAUGGCGAUGGUAUAGAUGGCGAUGGAAUAGAUGGCGAUGGUAUAGAUGGUGAUGGAACAGAUGGCGAUGGUAUAGAUGGCGAUGAAAUAGAUGGCGAUGGUAUAGAUGGCGAUGGAAUAGAUGGCGAUGGAACAGAUGGCGAUGGUAUAGAUGGCGAUGGUAUAGAUGGCGAUGGAAUAGAUGGCGAUGGUAUAGAUGGCGAUGGAAUAGAUGAUGUGGUAUAG